GGGGCGGAGUUUUAUUUAUUUAUUUUUUUCUUCCUGCUGUUUUGUCGACGCGCAGGCGUUCGGGCAUCAGGCAGAAGAGGGCAGCAGGCAGGCAGGGUCCGUCUCAUCCCGACAGGAUCACAGCAACGGCAUCCUCAUCACCCUCCAUCCAUCCACCCAGACAAGGACAAAACGAACCACAAAACCAACAAACAAACAAAACAAAAACAAAAAAACAACACACGGCGACAGGACAAUCUUUCCGGAAAAAUAAAAGGGCUGACAUCGCAUCGAAAGCGGCAAAAAAAUGCUGGCAUGUACAGAAAUGAUCACCAUGUGUCUUCAAUCAGCCAAGCACGAACACUCGAGACAGCAGCAGAAGCUUGACCACAACCAAAACCAAGGCAUCGCUCUGUUUCACGAUAUAUUCCGCCGGGCAGACAAAAAUGAUGACGGGAAGCUGUCUAUGGAGGAGUUCCAGUCGUACUUCACUGAUGGUAUCCUCACCGAUGAGCAGAUGCAGGAGCUGUAUUACUCCAUCGACAGGCAGCAGACAGACAACCUGGACAUAGACAAACUCUCAGAGUACUUCACUCCACAUCUGGGAGAAUACGUCAAUGUCCUGUCUGCUCUGGAAAAGCUGAAUGUGGCCAUUUUGAAGGCCAUGGAUAAAACUAAAGAGGAGUAUCAGGGUUCAUCAGUGGUGGGUCAGUUUGUGACGCGCUUCCUGCUGAGGGAGACCUCCACCCAGUUGCAGUCCCUUCAGUCAUCCCUGGACUGUGCUAUGGAGGCUGUUCAUGACCAGGGCUGUACAGGGAGGAGGAUAACGAAGAAGCCCCAGGACCUGCCUGUCCAGAGGUUGGCCAAACGCCCCGGUAGACGCAUCCAGAAGAACAUGUGUCUCUCCCCUACUGACCCCUUCUCUGGCAUGCUCACCACAGGGGUCAGUGUGGAGCCAGACAACCACUGGGGUUCCCAGAUCAACCAGCUGGAGCAACUCAUAGACAAACUGGAGUGUGAGAGUCCACAUCUUGAACCUCUCAAAGAGGACACAUUAGCUGGGACGUAUAAAUCGAACAUUCUUCUGGUUCAGAGACAAAUGUCUGUGAAGGAGAGGGAUGUGGCGCAGUUUCAGCAAGCUCUCAAAAUCUACACAGAUGCCACCAUCAGCCAGCUAAACAACCUGCAUGUGUCAGUCCAGAACCUGCCAGACAGAUCAUGCUUCAUCAUGUAUGAAUUCUGGCAGGACCGUCUCUCCUGGAUGAGCUACCUGCAGUCGUCCAUCACUAAGACCUUCCAGCGCUGUAUUAUCGACUCACUGGAAGAGCCGGAGAUGGUCUCCACUAUGCUCCUCCCAGCCUCUUGGUGGAUUAUGAACAACAACUGACAGAGCAAAGCGGCUGAUAUUCAACACAAUAAAAGCAGGAGUAAAAGGCGAUUGUAUAAUUGUUUUUUCUUUUUUGUUCCUUGAUAUUCACUUUUUCCUCAUGGCAUGACCAGGAUAUUUUUUGCAAAGCCAUAAUCCAAAGUUAUGAAAAAGAAGACUGCAUAAACAAACUAAAACCUAAGAAUAGAAAGAAUUGAGGUAAUGUAAUAUUUUAUUGUGUGAUCAGGAUCUGUAUUUCUUGCUUCUGAUUUAAUAGACACACAAGAAAU